GUCAUUGCAUACGUCCAUAGCUCUCCGAGGGGGAACUGGUUAAAUUUUCUCUCUCCCAUCUUGGGUUCACUCGUUCAUUCGUGAUACCUGUGAAGCCGGUUCGAAUAAUCGCUGCAGACAUGGACGGCGGCAUGGGCAGGGGCGGCAUGUCCAGGGGCAUGGGCAGGGGAGACUUCUCCAGAGGCCGCGGUGGCCCCAUGAGAGGCCGUGGUGGGCCCCCUGGGUCCUUCAGAGGUGGCCCGCCGAGGGGAGGGGGCCCUCCCGGCCGUGGGGGUGGAGACUUCAUGGGCCGAGGACGAGGAGACUUCUCGCGGGGCCGUGGCAACGGAGACUUCUCUUCAAGAGGCCGUGGGGGUGGCGGCGACUUUGCCCUCAGGGGCCGAGGGGGUGGAGAGUUUGUGCCCCGUGGACGGGGGGGCGGAGACUUCGUACCCCGUGGGGGCCGAGGGGGUUUCACCCCGAGAGGCCGCGGCGAGUUCACCCCAAGGGGCCGCGGGGACUUCACGCCGAGGGGCCGUGGCGACUUCACUCCGAGGGGCCGCGGCCGCGGCGACUUCACGCCCCGAGGGCGGGGAGACUUUUCCUCGAGGGGACGCGGAGACUUUGCACCAAGGGGUGGUGGCUACUCCGGGGGCCCCCCGAGCCGGGACCUGGGUGGCAUGGGUGGGGGCGGACCCCCGGCCGCGAUGGGACGCGGUGGACCCUCGCUGAGGGGAGACGGACCCCCGAGGGGCAUGGCGCCCCGGGGAGGCAUGGGGGGAGUGGGAGGACCACCCGCCAAGAGGGGCCGCUGGGACGGGCCCUCGGCCUCCUCCUCCUACGCCGACUCCUACUACAACAACGGCAGGUGCCCCCUCUUGCCCCCUCCCAGCCAAGACUUUGGAAACGCUGCGGGCGGCUUCGACGACGGCGGUUACGGGUCUGCUGCGCCCACAAGUCGGAGCUCAUACCAGGACCCCUACUCCGCGCCUCCGGACAUGAUGGGCAACGGCUACCAGGCCCCCAGCACGGGUGGAUAUGGGGAGCCUGCCGGCGGAUACAGCUCCGAGUUUUCCAAGCCCAUGGACCGAGGAGUGGGCGACUACAGGAGCAGCAGCGUGGGCGGAUACGCCGCCCCUCCCAUCGCGGGCGGAGGCUAUGCGAGCAGCUACGACGACAACAGGGGCUACGGCGGGGGCCGACAGGACGGCGGCUAUGGCAGUUCCGUGCCUCCCGCGGACGGCUUCGGAGCCAGACCUGCGGUGGAUGCGUACGGCGGAGGUGGCCCGCCCCGUUCAGACGAUCGCUAUGCGUCGUAUGACAGCUAUGGUGGCGCUUCGUACAACCAAUCUCGGGAUAGCUAUGGUGGGGCAGGCCGCUAUUAGGAGAGAGAAACAAGGCCCCUUCCUCUCUCUUUGGUCUCCUAGAAAAGAAAAAAAAAGGCAAAAAGCAGAGAGCGGCAGUGUUUUGGGAGACGAAAAAAGCACAUCCGGCAUUCCCCUACCACCCCACUCUUCACGAUACCCAUCUCUCUUCGGAAACGCCUUGAUCGGAAGAAGUGCAAACAAGGCUUGUUUCUCAAAGGACACACAUUUCUAAGCAUCGUCCAUUUGUUUCCCACUCUCUUGUACAUUUUUUUUUUUUUCUCUUAGUGUUUUGAGAAAGGACAGCAUUGACCUGUACCCGAAAGCAUCUUUUUAUAUAUAUGUAGUGCCCUGUUUCUUUAAUUUACGUGGUGUUAGCGAGACCCCUUCCAUGUCUUUAACUCGGUGCGUUGUACGCGCUGCCUGUGUCUGUGUACUCUGAGCGAUCCGGACGGAUCAGUGGAAAUAAAACGUGUCGAGUGAAACUCAUA